CGCCCAAUUCAUGUGCUCAGAUUAUUGGGUUCGUGCCAAGUAGCAGCGCACCACAUUUGAAGGGCGUGGUCACGUGACGUACCCUGAACCGCAGCCACGUCGCCAGAAGAAUCAGGAAGCUUUCCAUUCACUCCACUUCCUUGGUAGCUUCUUCUUCAACAACUGCAAGUAAGUGAAAGAUAAAAAAAAAAAAUCAGUUAAGAAUGGCCCAGUUUGAGGAAGUAUCCCAGAAAUCUGCUAUCCACCCUAAACCUGUAGGGUUGGUCCUACAGUAUGGUACUGCUGGGUUCCGCACCAACUCUAAGCAGUUAGACCACGUCAUGUUCCGAAUGGGUUUACUGGCUACACUCCGCUCCAAGAAGACUAAGGCCACCAUCGGAGUCAUGGUCACUGCGUCACACAACCCUGAGGAGGAUAACGGGGUGAAGCUGGUGGACCCCAUGGGGGAGAUGGUGACCCCUACGUGGGAGGUCUAUGCCACCCAGCUGGCCAACGCGGAGCAGGAGGAGCUCCUCACUGCUCUGAAAGACGUCAUAGAGAGAGAGGCCAUCAGCAUGGCCCAAGAGGCCAGCGUGUUCGUGGGCAAAGACACCAGGCCCAGUAGUGACAGCCUAUCACAGGCAGUACUGGAUGGAGUCCACGCCCUGGGAGGCCACAGUAAAGACUAUGGCUUGGUGACCACACCCCAGCUGCACUACAUGGUAUGCUGUCAGAACACCCAGGGUCGCUACGGUGAAGCCACUGUCAAAGGUUACUACCGGAAACUCUCCCAGGCUUUCAUCCAGCUCACUAAGAAUGUGCCUAACCGUACAGAUGAUCAGAAGGCCCUGCUGGUGGACGGCGCUAAUGGUAUCGGGGCUCUGAAGGUGUGUGAGAUGGAGACCUACCUGAAGAAUGAGCUGCAGUUGUCCCUCUUCAACGACGGCUCCAGCGGAAAACUCAACCACCUGUGUGGAGCCGACUACGUCAAAGUACAGCAGAGAGCUCCCAAAGGGGUGGAGAUGACUGCUGGGGAGCGUUGCUGUUCCUAUGAUGGCGAUGCUGAUCGUAUAGUUUAUUACUACAGCGGCUCUGCAGGGAGAUUCCAUCUGCUUGAUGGAGACAAGAUUGCCACUCUCAUCAGCACCUACCUCAAAGAACUGCUCACACAAGCUGGUCUUGACCUGCAGAUAGCCGUGGUGCAGACAGCGUACGCUAACGGCAGCUCUACACAAUACCUGGAAGAUACCAUGAAGGUAAUAGUGAGGUGUACCAAGACAGGAGUGAAACACCUUCACCAUGCAGCUCAGGAGUUUGACAUUGGUGUUUACUUUGAGGCUAACGGCCAUGGGACUGUUCUGUUCAGUAAAGCAGCAGAGGAGAAGAUUCAGAAGCUAGCCCAGGACUCCAACACCAACGCUGAGAGGAGGAGAGCUGCACUUCUACUGCAGAACACGGUUAACCUCAUCAACCAGACUGUAGGAGAUGCUAUUUCUGACAUGCUGCUGAUUGAGGCUGUGUUAGCCAUCAGAGGGAUGACAGUACAACAAUGGGACGCAAUCUACACAGACCUGCCCAACAGACAGCUCAAAGUCAAGGUGGCAGACCGGCGGGUGAUUGACACUACAGAUGCAGAGAGGAGAACAGUGAGUCCAGCAGGUCUGCAGGAGGCCAUAGACAGCCUGGUGAAGAAGUACAGACAGGCACGCUCCUUUGUCCGUCCCUCUGGCACAGAGGAUGUGGUCCGAGUGUACGCUGAGGCAGACACACAGGAGAGUGCCGAUGCCCUGGCACAUGAAGUUAGCCUGGCAGUAUACCGCCUCGCUGGAGGAGUAGGAGAGGAGCCUAAAUCGUUAUAAAACACACACACACUAUGCAAUUUAAGUCUAUUGAAAAAUCCAUGAAUCUCCUGAAGAUGGACCACACUUCCUGAACCCAGUCCCAUUUUGUAGCCUUUUUAUCAGGUGCCAAAUCAUUUAUACGGUAUACAGCAUUUAAUACUGUAUUAUUGCUACUUUUCUAUGAGUCUGAAAAAUGUGAUUGAUUUCAGUCAAUGUGAAGGGAGCAUAUGCUAAAUAAGGUAAACAUUUUAAUCCCCCUUCUUACCCAACCUUAAUCCUGUCAAUGUAUUUGUUUUGUACUUUUCCCAUGUAAUUAUAAGUGUUUACAUUACCAGUUAUUAUUGUAGAUCAAUUUAGCAUAUCUGAGUAUCUGCACUACUAUGAACAGAUCAACUGGAAAGACUGCUGCUAUGUAAUUGUUCAACACCAAGAGUAAAGAUAUGAAAGUGAAACUGA